AUGGUGCAUUUAAGUAAGACAGAGCUAGAAGAUGUUAUAAAAAUUUUACCCUCGCAUGGUUUUUAUGAAAGUUUUGAUAAAGAUGAAAAAGGCAGUGAACAUAGUAGUGAAUGUAACAAGUUAAGCACAAAUGAUGAUAGGAUUAAAAAUAUUUGCUUGAAAUUCUUAAAAAAUUUGAAAGAUUUAUCAAAUAUGAAAAAUGAAAAAAAAAAAAAUGAUGAUAAUUAUCGUUAUUUGACAUUUUGGAUAUAUGACAAAUUAUAUAAUAUGUUUGGAAAACAUUUUACUGAAAUCCUCGAAAUAGGGAAUAAUUAUUACAAAAGCUUAAGUAAUCAGUUAUAUUUGAACGAAUAUGGAUACGAUUUCAAUAGGAUUAGGGAGAUGAAAUAUUUGUACGAUUAUUUUAAAAGGUAUGAAGUGAUUAUUAAGUGUAAAAAAUCUCCAGAAGUAGAAUGCAACAAAUACAAUAAAUAUUGUCGUUCCUGGAAAAAGAAAAAUAAGUAUACAAGCUAUGAGAAUCCUAGGGAUAACAUAUUAGACAGUCACCCAGAACCUAUGUUGCAAAACAUGAACGGAAAAAUAAUACAAUUGGCCUUUCAAGAAUAG